AGUCUUAUCUGCUCUUUCCGGGAGCGGUCAGGCGAGUGCAGGAGGCGAUAGGACGGGACUACAGUUCCCAGCAGCCUCCUCGGCUCCCGCCAGCAGCCUGCGACCUACACUCGCAGCAGCUCUUCCGAACUCCACGUAGCAGUGCUGGGGAGUCUGGGUCUCAGGACCCUGGGAGCUCCGGUGGGUCUGCAGGAUCGGAUUUGCCCAGUCCCGGCGGGAGAUGGCCUUGCGGCUGGGCCGCCUGGGUUCGGACCCCUGGUGGCGAGCGGUGCUGGGCGACUAUGCUCAGCUGCGCGCCGCGUCCCCGCGCUGCGCGUCCGCCCGCGUCUGCCAGCUGCCUGGCACGGCUGGUCCCCAGCCUCGCCGCGGGCUGGGCUACGGCCCCUGGGCUAGAGGCGGGUCCGGGCUGGGGACCCGGCUGGCCGCGACGCUGGCGGGGUUGGCAGGGCUGGCAGCCGCCGCCUUUGGGCACGUGCAGCGGGCGGAGAUGGUGCCCAAGAGCUCGGGGGCGCGGAGCCCCUCACCUGGACGGCGGGAGGAGGACGGGGACGAGCUGGCCCGCCGCUGCAGCACCUUCAUGUCCUCGCCGGUGACCGAGCUGCGGGAGCUGCGGAGGAGGCCGGAGGACAUGAAGACCAAGAUGGAGCUGAUGAUUAUGGAGACCCAGGCUCAGGUGUGUCGGGCACUGGCGCAGGUAGAUGGCGUUGCCGACUUCACUGUGGACCGGUGGGAGAGGAAAGAAGGAGGAGGUGGCAUCACCUGUGUGCUUCAGGACGGGCGUGUGUUUGAAAAGGCCGGGGUGAGCAUUUCCGUCGUUCAUGGGAAUCUUUCUGAGGAAGCAGCGAACCAAAUGAGAGGCAGAGGCAAAACUCUGAAGACGAAAGAUAGUAAAUUGCCAUUUACUGCUAUGGGUGUAAGUUCUGUGAUUCACCCCAAGAAUCCUUAUGCGCCCACCAUGCAUUUCAACUACAGAUACUUUGAAGUAGAGGAAGCUGACGGUAACACACACUGGUGGUUUGGGGGUGGCUGUGACCUCACACCGACAUACUUGAACCAAGAGGAUGCUGUCCAUUUCCACCGUACUCUAAAGGAAGCUUGCGAUCAGCAUGGGCCAGACAUCUACCCAAAGUUUAAAAAAUGGUGUGACGACUACUUCUUUAUAGUUCACCGCGGGGAGCGGAGGGGCAUCGGCGGCAUCUUUUUUGACGAUCUUGACUCCCCCUCCAAGGAGGAGGCUUUCCGCUUCGUGAAGACGUGUGCUGAGGCUGUGGUCCCUUCCUAUGUUCCCAUUGUGAAGAAGCACUGCGAUGACUCCUACACCCCCAGGGACAAGCUGUGGCAGCAGCUGAGGAGAGGGCGGUAUGUGGAGUUUAAUCUGUUGUAUGAUCGGGGCACCAAGUUUGGCCUCUUUACUCCAGGAUCCAGGAUCGAAAGUAUCUUGAUGUCUUUACCUCUAACAGCAAGAUGGGAGUACAUGCAUUCUCCCCCAGAGAAUUCCAAAGAAGCUGAAAUUCUGGAAGUGUUGCGCCAUCCAAAGGACUGGGUGCACUGAUGCAUCAGACAGAGCCUUGCUCCAGGGCCUGGUGGACACAGGUGGUGUCUUCGUGCACUGUGGCCACUGUGUGGCAGGCAGUGUCUUCCGUGCCUUACUGUCCCCGCCUUCUUCACCCUGGGCACCCCGUCUGUGGCAGGCGGUUUUGAUCUUUUCCAGUGCUGUGGGAGGAGGUGGCUCAGAGGUGGGUGGGGAUGUCAAACUGUCAGAUUCCUUGUCUGUGACAUCCAUUUGUACUUUUAGAAUAAUUUUCUGUGACCAGUCAGUUUGACAUUGUGUUUCCAGGUCUUUGAGAUAAGGGAAUGUAAAUACUAUGAUAGGUACCAGGAAACUCUUCAUUUUAUAUGUUGCUUGAAGUUUUAGUUUUUGCUACAGAAGUUUAUCAGGGAAUACAUUUUAUCUUCAUUAGUUCAGUCAGGAUGCCCUUCUUGGGAACUUUGGAAUGCAAUUUGAAGCCAGUCCGUGGUGAUGUUUGCCUUUAAUCUCAGUAUUCAGGAAGCAGAGGCUGGUGGAUCUCUGUGAUUUUGAGGCCAGGCUAUUCUACAAAGGGAGUUCUAGUCCAGCCAGGGCUACACAGAGAAACCCUGUCUUGAAAAAGAACCAACCCCCCCCCCCAAAAAAAAAAACGAAAAAAAGAAAGAAAGGAAGAAAGAAAGAAAGCAAUUUGAAGAAACAUGUUUUUCUUUGUUGCUUUUGAAGUUUCUUUGACGUAAUUUUCAUGUAUCUUUCUCUAUAUUCCAGAAUAUUAUAAAAAAAUACUCAUUUUUUUUUUAAAGAUAGCUAUUUAAGAGCUCUGGAAAUUUUCUUUAGUCAGUUUUUGUAUUAUAUAAUGAUGACCUAGUUUACAACUGCAGAUGGCAUUAUUAUUAUUUAAAUAAGUGAUAUCUUCAGUGGUAAGGUUUUUGUGAGAUCAUAAUUAGCUAACAUUAGGAUUCUAUGUAAUUUUGAAAGUGAAAGCUUAUAUCCCUGGAUUCUGAUACUUAAAAGUUUUAUAUUUUAGAGACUUAGAUAUGGGAGAUUAGCCUAAGGACAAAUGAAACACAUUUUUUUUCUCUUUAAUUAAAGAGAAUGGAGUCUAACCUGGGCAUUUUAUAUUUUUUAUUUAAAAAAUGGGCCAAUAGAAAUUGUGUUACUUUUUAAAUUAGAGAUUCUUCAACUUUUAUCUUUUCUUUUAAAAGUCACAGCAGAUUUCUUUUUCUUUCUUUUUUUUUAAAAAUUAGGUAUUUUCUUUAUUUACAUUUCAAAUGCUUUCCCAAAAGUCCCCCAUACCCCCCCCCCACUCCCCUACCCACCCACUCCCACUUCUUGGCCCUGGCGUUCCCCCGUACUGGGGCAUAUAAAGUUUGCAAGACCAAGGGGCCUCUCUUCCCAAUGAUGGCCGACUAGGUCAUCUUCUGCUACAUAUGCAGCCGAUUUCUUAAUGUGUGGUUUACUUGUCUAAAUAAUAGUCUGACUGCGCUAUGUUACUUGAUUUAUAAUAUAUUGAAUUUGUAAAGAACAAUAUUUAAAUAUUAUCCUGGAAUAUGUUGGAUGUAUGUGAUUGUGUUUGCCACUUUUAGGGUAAGAAAAUCUACAGAUUCUUCAACAUGUCUUACAUAGAUUCAGCUAAUAAAUUUUAUUAUAACAUAAGAAAA